CGCCGCCCAGCCGCGCGCGAGCGCCAAGAUGGCGUCCAUGCUGCUACAGACCUGCGGCCGCCGGGCCUGCCGCCUGCCCCGAGCGCUCCGCCGCCAGCCCCAGCCGGGUAACUUGGGAGAUCGGGCAUGUCUUAGCUGUACAUCCCUGAGGCUGGCAAACAAAAUGACUGUACACUUUAAAUAUUGCACUAGUGUCCCUCCUGUUUACGCAUACUCCAAAAAAGAUCACUAUUGUUGUUGGACUAAAGGAUCUGAACAAAUACACUUUCCUCUUAAGAGCUCUUCUGGCUCGUGGACACCACUAGCAACAACGGGUGUUUUAGGUCCCCAGUAUCUUCCAGUUAGAUGGUGGCAUUCUUCACAUCCCCUUCAAGAUGACUCCAUAGUUGAAAAGUCACUGAAGUCCUUAAAGGACAAAAACAAGAAGUUGGAAGAAGGAGGUCCUGUAUAUAGUCCAACAGAAGUGGAAGUUGUGAAAAAAUCUAUUGGACAGAGGAUUGUGGAUGAACUGAAGCACUAUUACCAUGGUUUUCGAUUACUAUGGAUUGACACAAAAAUAGCUGCAAGGAUGCUCUGGCGAAUACUUCAUGGAAACACUUUGUCUCGUCGAGAACGGAGACAGUUUCUUCGAAUAUGUGCCGAUCUUUUCCGUUUGGUCCCUUUCCUAGUUUUUCUUGUUGUCCCAUUUAUGGAAUUUUUGCUUCCAGUAGCUCUUAAGUUGUUCCCUAAUAUGCUUCCCUCUACAUUUGAGACAAAGUCUAAAAAGGAGGAAAGAUUGAAGAAAGAAUUGAGAGUAAAGCUUGAAUUGGCUAAAUUCCUUCAAGACACAAUUGAGGAGAUGGCCUUAAAAAAUAAAGCAGCCAAAGGAAAUGUUACAAAAGAUUUUUCAACGUUCUUUCAAAAGAUCAGGGAAACUGGCGAAAGACCCAGUAAUGAGGAGAUCUUAAGGUUCUCUAAACUGUUUGAAGAUGAGUUGACUCUGGACAAUCUAACCAGGCCUCAGUUGGUGGCACUUUGUAAAUUGUUGGAACUUCAGUCAAUUGGGACAAAUAACUUUCUCCGCUUCCAGCUGACUAUGAGGUUGAGAAGCAUUAAAGCAGAUGACAAACUGAUUGCUGAAGAAGGAGUUGAUAGCCUGACUGUUAAAGAACUGCAGGCAGCUUGUCGUGCCCGAGGUAUGAGAGCUCUUGGUGUGACAGAGGAGCGUCUCAAGGAACAGCUUAAACAGUGGUUAGAUCUGCACCUGAACCAGGAAAUCCCUACUUCGUUGCUUAUCUUAUCCAGAGCCAUGUAUCUUCCAGAUACCCUUUCUCCAGCUGAUCAGCUCAAAACAACACUUCAGACACUACCAGAGAGUGUUGCCAAAGAGGCUCAAGUCAAAGUGGCAGAAGUUGAAGGUGAAAAAGUAGAUAACAAAGCACGGCUGGAAGCAACACUUCAGGAAGAGGAAGCCAUCAGAAAAGAAAAUGAAGAAAAAGAGAUGGAAAGAUUGUCUGAAGCUGCAGAGAAAGCCAAAGAAACCCUUCAAGUUGCAGCCAUGAAAGAGGUGGAAUCAGCAGUAGAUCUUGAAGCAGCUGCUCUGCAAGUUAAAAAAAGUGAGAUGGCUAUGGAUACUGAACAAGAACUGGCAAGGGCAGAUAUGGCGAUGCACUCAGAGACACUGAAAGAUACAGCACCAGUAUUGGAAGGCAUUAAGGGUGAGGAAAUCACUAAGGAGGAGAUUGACAUGCUGAGUGAUGCUUGCACCAAGCUGCAGGAACAGAAAAAAUCACUAACAAAGGAGAAGGAGGAGCUUGAGGAAUUGAAGGGUGAUAUCCAGGAGUAUAGUGAGGAUUUGCAAGAGAUAAAAGAGCUCUCUAAAACUGGCCAGGAAGAAGCAGUGGAAGAGUCAAAGGCAAGCAAGCGAUUGACCAAGAGGGUGAACCGAAUGAUUGGUCAGAUAGACAAAAUUAUUAAUGAAUUAGAGACAAGUCAAAAGACGGUGGAUGUAAAGCUGGAUGGUGGUGAUAGUCCUCCUGCUGGGGAGAAUCUCAUCAGUAUUGCUGAGCUAAUUAAUGCGAUGAAACAAAUCCAGAAGAUUCCAGAGGAGAAGCUAACUAGGAUUGCAGAGGCACUAGAUGAAAACAAGGAUGGCAAAAUUGAUAUAGAUAAUGUUGUUAAGGUAGUAGAAUUGAUUGACAAAGAAGAUAUCGAUAUUGGCACCAGUCAGGUUGCUGAGAUUAUGGCACUGCUUCAAAAAGAAGAAAAACUGGAAGAAAAAGAGAAAGCAAAGGAAAAGCAUGAUAAAGAAGCUGCAGAAGCAAAGAAUUAAGCUUCAGAAUCUGAAGCUAAUCCCAACUGUAACCAAAACCUUGUAUAUCUUUCUGUGUCUAAUGACUACGUAUUAUUUGAGCUUUGUGAUUAUGGGAAGUGUUUUGAGCUGAUUCUAGUAAUAAAUUAUAGAUAUGUUUUCUGACAUAUGGAAUGAAAUUUCCGUUCAUGAAAGAAGUGAUUUACUGUCAUUCCAUACAGAUGAAAACAAAAUACGCUUUUUUAGCAGUGCUCCUGCCCACAAAAUCAUGUAUUUGCACUCAUUGUUGUGGUACAGUGAUCCAUUAAACAUGCAGGUUUGCUGUAUAAAUUAAGUGUAUCAUGGCAAAAUGUUUCUCAUUUAUUUUCUUUCAUCAUUAAAUGGGGCCCAACCUUGCUCUGCUUCUACCUUUUAGCUUUUUCAGAAUUUAAUACAAACUUUCCCUCUGUCACAAUAUUACAUGUUUUUAACGUGUUAGUAAAGAUUCUCUGGCUUCAGUAGUAGCUACUUAGAUUGAGUUUUAUUUAAGCUAAAUAUCACUAAGCUGUUGCCUCACUGACAGAGAAUGUGACAUUCUAAUCACUUUUAUGAAUUCAUGAUUAUUAUUUUUUUCUGUUGAAGGGAAAGUCAGAUUUAUUUUUCCCUAGAACGGAAACUUCCCAUGAAGUUUUCUUCUUAUGGGUGCCUUAAAUUUCUUAAGACUGGGAGUAGAGGACAUCACUUCUACUCAAAAUUCCAUGAAUUGCUAAAGCAUUGGAAUCACAGGAGCCUUUAAAAUAGUUUCAGAACACAAUCUGUCACACAGUAAAGUGAGUUAAAGUGUUUGUCUAAAUAGCAAAAUGAAAAUAAUCAUAAGGGGAAAAUGUCAGUUGUGAUCUUUUUGCGUAGAUUUUUU